AUGUCCUUGCCCUCGUCCAACGCCAAUGGGCAGUCCUCGAUACGGAACUUCUUCCGCCCCAAACACCAGCAGCCCGCCUACGCUCCCCCUCCGUCCACAUCGACGACAAUGUCAACCUCGACACCGACGGCCUCACCUGCUGUUGCUGCUUCGCCACCUCCACAAUCGACGUCAUACGGAAUAAGUCCCCAAACAGCUCCCCAAGCAGCUCCCCCAGCAUCACCACCGGCCGCCUCAUCCAGACCGCCAUCCCUACACCCCCAAGCCAGUAUAUCGCCCGUCCUGCCCGAGCACGUCCCCGCCCUGCGGCGCGUGACCUCCCUAAUCCUGCCCGUCAACUACCCAGACUCGUUCUACGCGCGGCUCUCGGACCCGCUGUCGUCCGGCGCCUUCAGCCGCGUGCUGCUCUGGAGGGACGAACCCAACGAUAACAACACAAACACACCAGCCAAGGUGAUCGGCGGUCUAGUCUGCCGGCCGGAGCCCUCGCCCUUCCCGACGAAGACGAAGACGAACGCGCUCUACAUCCAAUCCCUAGUCCUCCUCUCCCCCUACCGGUCUCUCGGCCUAGCAGCCGCCCUCCUCGACGAAGUCACACAUACCGCGUCGCAAAGCCCCCAAUUCGCCUGCGAGACCGUGUACGCGCAUGUCUGGACCGAGAACGCCGAGGGCCUGCGCUGGUACCUGGCGCGCGGGUUCGUGUGUACCGAGGAAGUGAAAGGGUACUACUACAAGCUGCGCCCGGACAGCGCGUGGAUCGUGCGGCGGGAAAUCGCCGGGGGUGGGGGCCCGCCGAGUGGUAGUAGUAGUGUGCUUGGAUUCGAUGCUGUUGGUAGGCAGCUGGAGAACGAUGCCUUGACGAGGACUAGGAAUAGCCCAGCAAUCCCAGGCAGCGUCACGGCCGCGGCUGCGAACCUACCCCUGAACUCGCGCAGUUCGAACGCAACCACCUCCGCACCCACACCGCCCGCUCCCGCGACGACAGCAUCCACACUCUCCCCACCCCAGCCCUCCUCCAAAUCCCCAAGCACCCGCCCCCUAAUAUCCCCAACGCAGGCCCCGGGCGCCGGCACGGGCAUGUCGUACCAGAACACGCGGCCCGAGACGGAGUGGAACGACCUGCCGGCCGAGAUGCACACGCCGCAGCGCAUCAACAGCAACAGCAACACUUUGAGCGUGCCGCCGAGCGGCGUCAGCUCCGGCGCCAGCUCGCGGAGCAGCUCUGCUGUGCGGAAGAAGAGGGACCGGGCGUAUCCUGCUGCUGCGUUUGGGAAGUGA